GUGGCCCAUCAGAAUCACCACUCACCUCACUAAAAGUCUAAAACCCUAACAAAUUCACCACAUUUCAUUGUCCUUGUUUGCUUCUCCAACCCCCAACAGAGAAGUUGCUAUUCGUUUUGUUUGUAUAAGAUGUAUCUCCAGUUCUACAUAAAUGAGAAUGGUGACAAAGUUUACACCACUAAGAAAGAAUCACCACUGGGGAUGCCUACUCAGUCUGCUCAUCCAGCUCGUUUCUCCCCAGAUGACAAAUAUUCAAGACAAAGAUUUCUUUUGAAGAAACGUUUCGGUUUGUUGCCAACCCAGCAGCCACCUCCGAAAUAUUGAAUGAUUAGUAAUGUCAUGCUGUGCUUUUAUGAAGCUUUAAUUUUUAGGGUACGAAUGAGUGUCUCUGUCUGUAAAAUGAUGCAGUUUCCUUUUAGUUCCUAGCAGAGCCUUUUUAGGAUGACUAUUUAAAACUACAAACAGUUUAAUGUCUGCUUGUAAGAGAAUCUCAAGUAUUUGAAUCCAAUAUUACGUUUUGUUCCAA